UUACAACAAACACCCAAUUUUUUAUUGCUAUCAACUCAGAUUAAAGACUGUUUUCUGAUCAAUUUCAUCCCAAUCCUUGUUUCUUUCAAGUGUCGUGCAUGCAUUUUGUGCAUGAUGCUUCCCCUUUCUCUCUCUCUACUUGUUGAGUUUCUUUAUCUACAGUUCUUCCAUCAAUCGUGAAAUUAGCUCCACCGCCGGUGCCCCGAGUUCCACCGCUUCACCGCCGGUACUCGAUUACAGGUGGAUUUCGGAACCUGUUUGCAUUGUAUUCGAAUAAGUUUCGAUGUGUGCAUGGGUGCAUUUUUGAAUAUGAAUUUGAAUCAGCUCCGAUUUCGGUUUGGGGAAGUCUCAAACAUCGAUGGAUUUGAACUUAAAUUGUUGUUUUUGAUCUAUUUAUUGUGAAGGAAACUCGUGAUUUUUGUUUCGAUUUUGUGAUAUUUGUUAGGGUUUUAAUUUGGGGGUUUUUGCAUGGAUACAGAUUAGAACAAGAUCUGGUUACUUGGAUUAAAGAGAUUCGGUGGUCAAAUGUCGUCGCCGGUGAAGAUUUGCAUGAACGGAUUGUGCGGAGCGACGACGACUCCUCAAUGGAAGAGGGGUUGGCCCAUGAAAGCCGGCGGUUUUGCUACUCUCUGCUAUCCCUGUGGAAGUACGUACGAUAAUCUAAACUACUGUGAGCGAUUCCACCUAAACGAACCGGGUUGGAGAGAAUGCAAAUUCUGUGAUAAGUCGGUUGCUAACGAGAUUCCAAACGGGUUCGCUCGGUUUUCUGGCAAUUGGCAUCCUUCCGUCUUUAGUAAUCAAAUGAACAAUGGUACUAGCUUCGAUAAAGGAAAGCUCGCUCAGUUAAACGAAGGGCUAGAAAAACAUCAAAAAGCAUCUUCGACUUCAUCCAUUGGUCGUCAAUUCAAACAAGAGGAACCAUCUUCCGGAGAAUUUGGCAUCGGUACCUCUUCUAAUAAAGAUGCUGGCUCAAGCUUUCGGAACCACCCAUUACCUUUAUCUUCAAUCUUUCAAAACCAAUUACCUUUAGUUACUGUACCCGAUACUAACAAACCGAAAUUAGGGUUUCAACAAUCUUUCGGCCUCAAUUUGGGCACUCCGAGUUCUUCUAUAGUUCCUACUUCUAAUGGCAUUGCAAUGCAAGAAAAAGUUCCUACAUUUAAACAAGAGCAACGACCGCAUCAGAUGCUUUCGAAACCAUCAAAAUCCGGGGUUAGCGUGCGAUCACAGACGAUUAAAGGGAUGGGUUCAGACAACAGAGUUGCUAGAGCACCUGCUGAAGGACGAGGCCGUAGUCAGUUGCUUCCAAGAUACUGGCCGAAGAUCACUGAUCAAGAACUGUUACAAAUAUCUGGGGACUUAAACGCCAACUGCACCAUUACUCCGUUAUUCGAGAAGGUUCUGAGCGCAAGUGAUGCUGGUCGAAUCGGUCGCUUGGUCCUUCCUAAAGCAUGUGCUGAAGCAUAUUUUCCGCCUAUUAAUCAAUCUGAAGGUUUACCAAUAAAAAUCCGCGAUAUAAAAGGGAAAGAAUGGACAUUUCAAUUCAGAUUUUGGCCCAAUAAUAACAGCCGAAUGUAUGUUCUCGAAGGCGUUACCCCAUGCAUACAAAAUAUGCAAUUGCAAGCUGGGGACACAGUGAUAUUUAGUCGGUUAGAUCCAGAAGACAAACUUGUAAUAGGAUGUCGAAAGGCAAUAAUUCCCGCCGGAGCAUCUGCUCUUCCUAAUGCUGUUAAUGGUGCAGUGUGUACAGGGAAUGGAAACUCGCCGAUAAAUACGGAGCGUGAAGGCAUGACUAACUGGGAUCCGGUUACUCGGCCGGCGAUUCAAGAGAAAAAAAAGGCACGUACUAUAGGGUUGAAAAGCAAGAGGCUGCACAUGCAUAGUGAAGAUGCCAUGGAGCUUAAGUUUACAUGGGAAGAAGCACAAGAUUUCCUUCGGCCGCCUCCUGCUAAGCCAACUGUUGUCGUGAUCGAGAAUUUCGAAUUGGAAGAAUACGAUGAACCACCGGUUUUUGGCAAGCGGACCAUAUUCACAAUGACUGCAUCCAGGUUGCAAGAACAAUGGGUUCAGUGUGAUAGUUGCUCCAAAUGGCGGAAGUUACCUUCGGAUGUUCUUAUUCCUUCUAAAUGGACGUGCUCUCAUAAUGUUUCAGAUCCAGACAGGUGUUCGUGUUCAGCUCCCGAGGAGAAAGAAGUUGGAGAUUUGGACCGCAUCUUGAGAUUGAGCAAGGAAUCUAAGAAGCGAAAAAUUACAGAAAAUUGGGAAACCGAAGACCAACAACUAGAGCCUAGCGGCUUGGAUGCGUUAGCCACGGCUGCAGUAUUAGGAACGAAUGGCGGUGAACUUGGCGAAUCUUUAGUCGGUCCGACCACAAGACACCCCCGCCAUCGGCCUGGUUGCACUUGCAUCGUUUGUAUUCAACCCCCGAGCGGAAAAGGAAAGCACAAACCGACCUGCAUUUGCAACGUUUGUUCAACGGUUAGGCGUCGUUUCAAAACACUAAUGCUACGCAAGAGGAAACGGUUAUCAGAACCGGAUGGCGAAACCGGUCAGAAAUCACUGGUUCCGCUUAUCAAAGGAUCGGAAUCGGUCGACGGGCUCGGAACCGGGGUCGGGAUUGAUGCGAUGAGUGAAGGUAGCAACAAAGGUCAAGAAUUGGAUCUGAAUUGUGACCCAAAGGAAGAAGAGAUGUUGCUAGCUGAGGCUGCUAAUGCUUCUAGUAUCCCUUCACAAUGGCACAACAUGCUUGAAGGACCUGUACCCAAUGGUACAAGUGACAUCAAAGACGGGCCGAUGCAGAUAAACAACAAGGUCAUUGAAGGUAGAGAUGGCCAAGAAACGGUCCCGGUCCGGGCCCAAAUCGGUCCCGCUCCUUGAUUCCCUUUUUGUAACCGGGCCAAGACUGCCGGUCCAUAACCAGUAAUUUUGGCCAUCUCUAGUUGAAGGUAGUUGAUUCCGGACUACAACUAGGGAUGGGUCCCAACCGGGCAAAAUAUGGUUUGGAUCAAAAGGGCGGUCUUUUUGGCCAUCUUUGGUUACAACCAUUAAUCGUUUUUCCUACCCUUAAUUCCCGUUUUGCCCCCAUAGUAGUCGUAUAUUUAGGGUUUCCAUGAAGCGAGAAGGCAUCGGUUUUCUUUUCUUUCUGGUGCUUUUAUAUUGUGCAAGAUCAGCCAUGUAAUGCUUAAUCGGAUGGCGGAGGCCGGAGGUGGCCUUUGCUAUUUCCGAUACUAUUUAUAUAUAGAGUUU